AUGGCCGACCCGGCAAAGAAGAGGAGCAACCCCGCCACUUCGAGAGGAGGAGAGAGCCACACACGUGGUGCGAAGGCACCGCGUUUAGCCACCCGCGAUGGCCCUACCGAAGGUAGGGGCGGAAAACCUAGAAGUCCGCCAGCGGGUGGCAACAAGACUGCCAGCGGCCCUCUAGCUGCUGGAACCAGUAAGGCAGGCCCAAGUAACCUAUCCCCAAAAACAGGAGCCAGUGAUGCGGCCAACCUGGGCCUGCCAAACAGACAAGAUACAAUUGUGAGGACUGCGGGAAGGCGUUCUACACCAAGAAUGGACUUACAAGACACAGACCCGCGUGUGGCACCGUAG